UUUUGUUUUUACAAAAUUACUUGUUUUUUAUUUACAAAAUCUCUCACCACUCAAGCGUCAUUAUAUAUCCUCUUCCUCCCCUCUUUUCACUUAAUCAUGGCUUCCAUUUCCUCUUCUCCAUCUCCUCACCAACUUACUUUCCCUCCUACCCCGCACAAGUUCUUCCUCUUCAAAAGACAAUCCUGCUCUUUCCCUCUCUCUCCUUUUUCCGAUUCUACCCUCUGCCGUUCCUCCUCCUCCUCCGGUAACAACUCUACUCGCCUUCCCUGGGACUUCCCCAUCCACGACCUCCUCAACAACCUCGUCGAACGCUUCCAUUCCUUCUUCAAUUCCCACAACCACAAGGAUAUUCCACGCAACGACACCGUUUCUGUCAAUGAUGACUGGGAUUGGGAGAGGUGGAAGAACCAUUUCGAACAAGUUGAUGAACAGGAGCGCCUUGUCUCCAUUUUGAAGUCACAGUUAGGUAAUGCUGUAUACAGAGAAGAAUAUGGAGAUGCUGCUAGGCUUAAGGUGGCAAUUGCAGCUGCUGCUAAUAAUGACACUGUUGGCAGAGUGAUGUCCAGCUUGAAUAGAGCAGUAGUGGAAGAGCGUUAUGAGGAUGCAGCUAUUUUACGGGAUAAAGCUAGUACUGGAUUGGUGGGAUGGUGGGCUGGUAUAUCUGAAGAUAAGAAUGAUCCUUAUGGUCUGAUAAUACGUGUUACUGCAGAGCAUGGAAAAUAUGUUGCUAGGAGUUAUAGUCCCCGGCAGCUUGCUACAGCUGCAGUCGGUGUUCCACUGUUUGAAAUUUAUCUUACCAUGAAUAAGAAAGGUGAAUACAAACAGCAGGCUGUGUACUUAAGAAAGACUGGGGCUUUUGAAGAUUCUUCUAAAGUUUCCUCAAAAGCAUCAGGUGCCACCAGUGGCUUGAAUCCAUCAGGCUCAACAGAAGACAACAAUGAUCUUCUUGGUGUAACUACUGAAGAUGUUGAAGAUGGUGAAGAUACUGAUGAUAAUUCUGAUCUAGCUGAGGGACUGUCUGGAUUUCAGAAUAUAUUGCAAGAUAUGAUUCCUGGUGUGAGAGUCAAGGUGUUGAAGGUGACAGCCCCAGGGAAGCUAGAUCGAGAUUUUAUAUCUAAAGUAAUUGAGCAGAUAAUAGAGGAAGAAGAUGAAGAAAAAGAUAUUGAAGUAGAGAAUGCUGAAUCAGAAGAUGAAGAUGAAGGUGAAAGUGAAAGUGACAGUGACCAAGAGGGGAAUGAGGUAGAAGUGGAUGCAGUUCGUGGAAUUAUGGAAAUUGGAGAGCAAAGUGAAAUUACUGUCAAAGUUAUGGUUGGUGGUCUUGUUCAGAAGCUGUCUGGCAGUAUGCCUGUUAAGGAACGAGUUCCUGCUAAGCUAGAAAAGAAGGGACAUUCAUCGUUUUCCUUCUCUUUUGGGAAAGAUGGAAAGCAACAGGAUUCUGGUCCCAGGCAACUAACUUCAGUGGAUCGCAAAGCUAAGCUACGAGGUCAACGCGGCAUGGAUAGUGUUAUGUUUGAUCUUGCAAAGUUUGUUGGCAAGGAGAAGAUACCACUGAAGGUGCUCAAAGAUCUUGGUGAAUUAAUAAAUCUCUCUCUCAGUCAGGCUCAGAACCGUCAACCAUUGUCUGGUUCAACAAUUUUCCAGCGAAUUGAAAUAGCAUCACCAUCAGAUCCACUAAAUGGACUAUAUAUUGGUGCACAUGGUCUUUACACCUCAGAAGUCAUUCAUCUAAGCCGCAAAGUUGGCCAAUGGAAAGAUGAUGGAGGGGCAAGGAAUUCCUCCAAUCUCGAGUUUUAUGAAUAUGUGGAAGCCAUUAAAGUAACUGGAGAUCCUUAUGUACCUGCUGGACAGGUUGCAUUUCGUGCCAAGAUUGGAAAAAGAUACCAGUUGCCCCAUAAAGGAAUCAUUCCUGAAGAAUUUGGAGUGAUUGCUCGAUAUAAAGGAGAGGGGAGGCUUGCUGAGCCAGGGUUUCGAAACCCACGAUGGGUUGAUGGUGAACUUGUUAUUCUUGAUGGAAAGUACAUCAAAGGGGGGCCUGUUGUUGGAUUUGUCUAUUGGGCCCCUGAAUAUCAUUUCUUGGUGUUCUUCAAUCGGCUUAGGCUUCAGCAGUAGAUUCUCAUUGUACAUAAAGUCCGAGUUUUGCUAAUUCUUUGGUCAGACUAAAUUGGAUCAUAUAUGUUAUCUUGAAGUUCUUUUUGAAGUGGAGCAGCUGAGAAGUCCCAGAUAUAUUCGGCCCCAAUUUGAAUGCCCAAGUCGCUGACUGGUGCACUUCUAAGCAUGUAUUGACCAGAUGAGAAUAAUACCAAUGCUUUGUGAAGCAUUUAUUCAGCCCUUCUACUGCUUGGUUUUUGGCUGUCCUCUCAUCAAUAUAUGUGUUAACUUCUGUACAUACUGUCAGUUCCUAACUUUUAAGCUGUUGCGGUAUUCUACAGUGGAGUUUUUAGCCUUGGUCAUUUUAUUGUUUAGUUUCCUAUCACAAGCACAGUUGGGAUUGCUCAAUACCUUAAUUAGGAAGUGGAAUAUCUCAGGAGUGCUGAUGACCUUUUUUUCGUGCAGUUCCUUGUAACCUUGUUUAGAAUCAGUUACUCUGUAAUUGUAAUUUUUGUCUAGAGUAAUUCUCAAUAAAGGGUACAUUUACCUGUUAUGUUUCUGAA